AUGCGUUUCGGACAUAUUCUGUUCCCUGCCCUUUUCUUUUUCGCUGGCCCCUUCAAUGCGGAGGAGCCGGGACCAAGUGCCGAGAUGCUGGAGAGUAUUGGAACCUUAGAGACUAUGAUCGCAUCCUCCACUAAGGCUUUGAAAGAAUACAAUGGUGCAGCCACUGAUACUCCGGCACUUGCGUACACCCUGUACUCCACUAGACGACAGACAAAGAAGUUUGUCAGUGACGUACAAAGCAGGGAGAGCUUUACUGCCGCGGACAGCGCUGCGGUUGCCAACCGCACGGUCGAUCUCCACGGCCAUCUAGUAGAUCUUUUGAAUAUCGGGAGGACUAAGAUACCACUGGUUAGAGCAGCCGGGUAUGGAUCGGUGGCUCAAAAGCUGGUACAGGACUUUCACCAACAGGAUAGAGCGUUACAAACGCUCGUCUGGGCCAGAAUGGCUACAGUUGACCAGGAGAAAGCGGCAGAAGGGUUUCAGAACUUUGAACAUGCUUAUGAUGCGUUGUUGAAGGCUUCUCAGGGUUAA